AUGGGUGGAUUUUGCUUUCUCUACCUGCUCCUGAUCCUCUUGAUGAGAUCUGGUGAUGUUGAAACCAAUCCAGGUCCUAACACUGCAGAAAGUACUGUCAGUGAAAUGGAGUUCCUGAAGCUGGCCCAGGAUAUCGAUCCAUCUUACUACUACAAUGUAGGGAUAUCUCUAGGGUUCUCCCAUGCUCAGCUUAAGGCAAACCUGAUUGAGAAUUCGAAGAACUUCAAAGAUGCCUUUAUGGAUGUCUUUAUGAAAUGGAAUGUCAAGCAGCAACCUCCACACUCAAACAAACGACAACUUUUGGCAGACAAACUACAAGAGAUUGACUUGGGUGGCCUAUCAGACGGAUUACUUGAUGGACCUCCAUUUCCAAAGAGCACAGGUAAACAGACUCUAAGUCUUGCUACACCAGAAGACAUAGAAAACCAUUCAUAA